AUGUCAUCUAAAGCCGAAAAGAAACCUGCUGCUUCUAAAGCUCCAGCUGAAAAGAAACCAGCCGCCAAGAAAACUUCUACUGCCACUGAAGGUAUUAAAAAGAGAACUAAAGUCAGAAAGGAAACAUAUUCUUCAUACAUUUACAAAGUCUUAAAGCAAACACAUCCAGAUACAGGUAUUUCUCAAAAAUCAAUGUCUAUCCUAAAUUCAUUCGUUAAUGAUAUCUUUGAAAGAAUUGCCACAGAAGCUUCUAAAUUGGCUGCUUAUAACAAGAAAUCUACCAUAUCAGCUAGAGAAAUUCAAACUGCUGUUAGAUUGAUCUUACCUGGUGAAUUGGCCAAACAUGCUGUCUCUGAAGGUACUAGAGCUGUUACUAAAUAUUCUUCCACUACUCAAGCUUAA